AUGGCGUUUAGUCGCGGCGUUCGUCUGCUGUUCGGUCAAACUCAGCGACGUGGUGUGGCCAUAAAGCAACCAGCUAGGUGUGCAACUCAGUCGUCUCCUGCACCGGAACCCCAAACAGCAGAAAAUGAGUCGGUAAACCCGACCUUCAAGAACCGAAACCCGCGGAACCUGGAGCGGAUGGCCUUGGCUAUAAAGGAUCGCGGCUGGAAGACAACGUGGCCUCACCGACAGUUCUACCACAGGUUGAUGUUUUCACGCAGUCAGAAAUACGUGACGGCUGAGGUCUUCUCUUGCUCCUCACCUGACCCAGUGCUCUCUUGCUCCACCAAAGAGUGGGCGCUGAAGAAAGAGCUGCCCUCCACAAAUUGCGUGGCGGCGUGUCAGGCCGUCGGCGAGGUGUUGGCACACAGAUGCAAGCAGGCCGGCAUCACCAGGAUGGUUUACAGGGAGAUUCCGUGGACCUAUCGCUCGGACGCUGUUCAGUCGUUCCGGACAGCAAUGAAAGAUGGAGGCAUCAUCCUCAGUGAACCCAGAAGAAAAUACAUAGGAACUUAA